AUGGAAUCGGGAGCGAAGGUCGGCACAGGUGAGGCAGCCUCGCAGCCACGGAGCAUCCUGGGUGGCUUCGUGACUUCCUCCGACGCGAGGGCCAUCAUCCAGGAGAACGUCUACGUCAUUCUGGGCCACGGCAAGUUCCAGAGGAGGGUGCUGCUUUGCGCCGUGCUUUGCCUGACGGUGCUUGUGCUGCACGCGUUCGCGUACCGACUCAUCGGUCGUCCCGUGCAGCACUGGUGUCGCCCGCCCGACGAAUUUCUGCACGUGCCCGUCCAGGAGUGGAAAAACGUGGCCAUACCCGUCCUGGCCGACGGCAGCCUCAGCCAGUGCACCGUCUACGACCCACCGGUGCUGGGUGAAAACGCAAGCGAGCGCAGAGUCGUGUCUUGCAACCAGUGGGAAUACGCUGCCGACCGACAGGAAGACAGCAUCGUCAGCGCCUGGGACCUGGUGUGCGGCCGCCACUGGCUGUACGCGCUGUCCUCAUCGGCGUACAUGAUCGGCUCGAUGGUGUUUGUGCCACUGGCCGGCGUCCUGUCCGACCGCCACGGGCGCAGACCCACUAUUCUUGCCUGCUCAUUCACCAUGCUGUUCGCAUGCCUGGCCACCGGCUCGUCGCAGGUAUUUUCCGUGUUCCUUGUGAUACGCUGUCUCGUUGCCGGCACGUCCAGCGCCACCUACAUGCUGGUCUUCAUCGUGCUCUACGAGGUGACGGGCAACGAACACCGCGCCCUCUACAGCCUCCUGGCUGCGAGCGUCGGUCCGGCUCUGGUGUUGCCGCUGAUGUCCAUCGUGUCGAUGGCCAGUCCGCGCUGGUGGCUAUCACAAGCGUUUCUCGCGACGGUGUCGGCGAUGGCGGCUGCCUGUUGCUACAUGGUCGAGGAGUCUCCGGUCUGGCUCGUCGACACGCACAGAGUUCGGCUAGCCGAGCGCGUCGUACUGUACGCGGCCGCGCAGAACGGCAUCGACCUGGCCAAGGCGAAGGGCACGUUCAAGGCGCUCAAGCAGCAACUGGAGAAGCGAGAGGCGGCGUCCCCGACGACCACCACCAUCUCGGCCAGCGUAUCCACGCGUAGCCGCCGCGCAGCGUCCGUGCUCAUUUCCUGGUUCGGCGCCAGUUUUGCUUUCUACGGAACGGGGCUCCGCGAGACGGCGCUCGAUAGCCUAUGGGCCGUGUCGGCACUCAUGCUGCAGGUGAUCCUCCUCGUCGUAGUCUACAACGGCAUCACAAAGUGGGGCCAACGAGUCACCUUGUCCAUGGUGCUGGCGCUGCUCUGCGUGUCUAUCACCCUUCAUUCCGCACUCCAUCAUUUGAACGUGACCUUCCCCUGGAUCGUACUUGCGAGGCUCGUGGUGGACAGCAGCGCUGCGGUCGCCAUGGCCGUCAACUGCAGCUACACGACGGAAGUGUUCCCCACCUCGAUACGAAGCAGAGGCCUCUGCGUGUCGUACUCGGUCGGGCGUGCUGGGGCGCUGCUGGCCACUUUCCUGAACUCGAUGUUUUCCGACGAAACACUGGUGUUCGACAUCAUCAUGACCCUGCUCGUGUUCGCCAGCGGGAUGGCCAUCCAGUGGCUGCCCGAAAUAUUUGUGCACAAGAAGACACAGUCACCGACACUGGAGCCAGCUGCUAUGACCGAAGAGCAGCGGAAGGAGGCGCUGAAGGCAUCCUUGGGCCAAGGCACAGAGGCUGUCGCCAAGAAGGCCAAACGUCGCAAAUCGCAACGCAGUUCGACAUGCGGCGCGACUUCACCAGACUUACAAGCUCCGCCUGACACGGUGUCCCGGAUGGCAGAGGUUGGCGAAAGUUCCAAAUACGUUUCUUCCACCAAGAAUGUAAAACACUCAAAGGCCAAAAAGAGCGCCAGAAGCAGCGGAGCCGCUUUCUCACCCUCCCGCGGCCCUACUUCCCGCUGACCGUAUUUUUUUACCACCAGGAUGCCCCUGUCUUGUGUACCGCGAACAGUGAUUUAUCUGUAGCUUUCAAUCGUGUUUGCAAGCAUGUGACGAUGCUAUCCUUAUGCUUUUAGUGAAUUUCGUUAAGGGUUUACUGUAGUUGGAGUUCAUAGGGAGUUGCGUUUCAGAUUGCUGAGGCGAAACUUGUACUUUGUUGACGGAACCGUCAAUUGCGGUCAUGUGACGCAGAAAGAUAA